AUGUUUUUCACGGAACCAAUGGUGGCGUGCCUUGCACUGUAUGCAUCAUUCACUUACAGUCUGAUUUACCUGAUACUUGAAGUGUUUCCGAUUGUUUUUAAAGAGAACCGAAAAUGGAGCCUCAUCGUGUCGACCCUUCCUUUCCUAUCGAUCUUAGUAGGCGUCGGGUGUGCCGUAUUCAUCAACUUUGCCAACCAGCCGCGCUACAAGCGGGCCGUUAAAGCCAACUGUGGCAAAGCAGUACCCGAGGUGCGUCUACCUCCAAUAAUUGUUGGGGGGAUUUUGCUAUCAGUCGGUCUGUUUUGGUUUGGAUGGACAGCGGCUCCGAAGUACCCAUGGCCACAACCCAUCGCAGCAGAUGGAGGAUUUGGUUAUUUUAAGCUGCAGCCCAAUAACCCAGCCACAGGUUUUAUCGGAGCAGGUUUCAAUAUCGGGUUUCAGCAAUGCCUGGAUUUUCUCGUCGACACCUAUGGUCCCUACGCUGCGAGUACAGUCUCUGCCAACACAAUUCUCCGAUCGGUCCUUGCUUGCGCAAUGCCCAUGGCUGCCCGACCAAUGUUGUUGAGUCUGGAAAUUGGGCCUGCAGCAAGCCUGCUUGGUGGGAUUUCUUGCGCCGCGUUACCAGUACCGUUGCUAUUUAUGCGAUACAGACGUGCGUUGAGACGAAAGUCGAAAUUUGUUGACGGGGAAUAG